AGAGCUCUCUGAUCGUAAGUGGCCGUGUAGAGCGAGAGCUGAUACAGACGUUUGUGUUAUUAGUCCCUGUUCAAGAGAAUCAACAUGACUGGCGCUUGAACGGAAUGUCAGGUUAAAAUCAUUUGGACGCAAUCCUCGUUCCUAGCUGGCUGUCGCGCACACAACUGGGCGAUAGCACAAUUUACAAACUUAUAUUACCCAUCUUUUAUUAGAUUCCCAAUCAGGCUUUUCUUUGUAAGACAGUUUACACAUACUGAAACAAAGUGGAUUUAACAGUGGCUACGUGGUUCACCCGCACUCCAAGAUGCUUCUGGUCUCCCAGCGGCUAGACUCACCUCGCAUGGACCCAUUACUGCCAGGAUCCCUGAAGAGGAAAUUGACUGGGGCUGUCGAGAGUUCUGCAUCACUAAACGGGGUCUCUGACACGUCUAUGACCCAGGGAGGUGGCAAACGACUAUGUCUGGAAGAUGUCACCCUGGCCAUGGGCCCCAGCUACCCUCAGCCCCCAUUCCCUUCUGGAAUGGGCAACCAGGGGGGUGUUCUGGAAGCUAAUCGACUGAACAGCAACAACAAUAAUUUGGGCUCUCCAUAUUCCGUACCCCCAAAUGCUAGUCCUGGAUCAACACCAGGCACCGGGGGAGGCUCAGGGGGCUUGACAAGUAACUUCAACCCAAAUGGGAGUUCAGUCACUCCUUCAGUGGAACAAGAACUGCAGGAGAUUUUGGAUGAACUUACAAAAAACCCUGAUCCCUCUUUACCAGAGCUUGACAUUGAGAAGAUCUUAGGAAAAGAAAGUGAUGACCAGGCAAGUACAGCUGGAGGUUUUGUCCACCUAGAAGGUAAUGGCACCCCCAAAAGAUCUCCACAGAGACAGUCACACCUGGAGGUCCACCUCACUCAGUCCCCUGGUUUCUCUCAAGCUGGGUCCCCUCAGGUGGGUCCAAGUCCUGCUGGGGCACCAUAUACCCUACCACAUCCUUCCAAACCAGUUCCGUCUCAACUCUCAGCAUCACCCCUGUCCUCCUCCUCUUCCCAAGGUCAAAAUCAAGCACGGUCACCCAUGCUUUCUGCCGCCCUAUCCAACUGGCAUGAAAUGUCCCGGGCUCAACAGCUUCAGCAGAUGGCAUCGAAUAGUAAGCAUCAUUCUAACAACAGUGCAGGUCCCCCACCUGCACAGUCAGGGUUGUCUGGAUUGGGCCAGCAGAGUACAUCUUGGGCUGGUCCCUCUCCACCUUACCGACCAGGGGAUAAACUGCCUAACUCAUCACCUCAUCAGCAGCCCUUUAGCCCAGCAGGAAAUAUUCAGAGCCCCCAGAGUUCUCUAAUCUCUAGCAUGGCUCCAGCCCCAUCCACCGGACCUUCACCACCCUACAGGCCAGAAAAGCUAGCCAGCCCAGCAAUUGCUCAGCCCCCAUUCAGCCCCCAGAACAGCAUUCUGUCGGGAAAUGCCCCUCCAGGAGUUUCUGGCACUGCAAUCCAAGGUUCUCAGGCAAGUUAUCUUCCUGGUGUUGCCCCAACAUCAAACAACACUCGACCAUCACCUCCUUACCGACCAGAUAAACAUCCCAGUCCAGCUGGGCAAUGCCAACCAGGAACGCAAGCUCCCACACAGGGACAUCUUUUCAACUCGCAAAAUAAUCAAGCACCUGCAAUGUCUAGUCAGCUCUUCAAGGCCAUCACAUCCAACCAGCCACCCAGUAGCCUCAAGCUCCUAAUGCAGGCACAGGGAAAACCCUCGCAGCUGCAACUAAACAAGACCACCACAGCUGGUAUGGGUCCAGAACCAUAUUCUUUCAACAACACCAAGCCGUUACGACAUUUUGACCCCAAUCCCUCCGUGGCCAAGCUGGGUCCUCUGGCUGUGGGAGGAUACCGCAGUGCUAGCAUGCAACCCACGGCGCCCACCUCAGCCACAGGACAUGGGCAUCUGCUGCCACAGCGCAUGCAAAGGGGAAUGCCUGCUGGUGGUAUUGUGCCUCACUGCAGAGAUGAUCAAGGUGCAGGAAUGGUGUCACCUCUUCAGGACCCUCCGUCAGCUGUGCCACGGCAGCCCCAGGGCAGCAACUACAACAUGAUGCUUAAGAAUCAGCUAAUAAAGAAGCAGCUUCAACAACAAGAAAAGCAAAGGCAUAUGGAGCAAAUGAAUGGAGGGCAUAUCACAGACUGCCAACAGGUGGCACUAUUUCAAGGUCCAGGUCGACCGCUCCCUCCAGAGUGUGGUGGAUAUCCUCUGGGAGCUUCUCAACAGCUGAAUUCCUCCAUGCUCUCCCAUAGUGGUCCUUUACCCACAAACCAAAUGGGUCUUUCCUCCAGCUCGGUCUCUCAGAUGGGCCCGUCAGUUGGAGGAUAUGUGUGUGGCAAAGGUUCCAAACAACCCCUCUGCCACCCAUCACAAGAUUUUGGAAUGGCGAUGCAGUCUGGCCAGAGCAUGAUGGGAAUGGGUGGGCCUCCACGUCAACCGUUACACCCAGCUCACGCUGUGACGCGACCAGGAAUGCCAUGCCCCAACUUACCAGGCGGUCCCGUGCCGACCCACCACCUCCGCCAGGCAUUGCACCAAGCUGGAGCUCUUCAGUCACGCAUGAUGUUCCCUCCCCAGCAGCAGCAGCAGCCCACGUCACAGUCCCAGCUCUGGCAGCACCAACAAGCGGUGCAACCGCAUAUGGACUCUGCGAACCACCCACAUCCUUUUCCCUCCAGAGGAGCCCUAUCUGGAUGUGGAGGUCCUCAGUUUCCACAGCGAUCCGGCAUGGCAGGUAUGCCAGCCAACUUCCCUGGUUCCCGUCCUCCUCCUAAUCAGGUAGCCCCUGGUUUGGUUGGCAGGCAGGACCAGAAGAUGCCCACCACCCAGCCGCUUUCCUCCAUGUCACAACAGAACCUCAGAAUGCGAGGUCCACUUUCCGCUCUAGCUGUUAUGAAACCAGGAGGUCCAUCCAUGAUGCACCCUGCCCAUGGGAUGGGGCCUCCUAGUUACCAGACUGCUUCUGCAGGGAAACACUGUUCACCACAGGGCUACAAUCCUGGAGAUAAACUGCCUUCCUAUGACUACAUCCCACAGCAUCAGAGCAAUGGGGCAAUGGCAGCAGGGCUACAAGGACCUGGAGGAGGAGGCGGCGGUGGUGCGGAGGUAGACUUCAUAGACACUCUGGUGGGCAACAGCGAAGACUGGCUGAACAAUCUCACCAUGAUAAAUGAAUACCUUGAGCAAAACUCAUAGGGACUGAUCAAGAGCGCCUUAGGUUUGAAAAUCACUACACAGCGCAAGAAUGGGUUUGUGGGGUCAUCGCUCUGUAAAGGCAUGUUCACACCAAGAGCGCUAACUAUAACAAGAACUAUAUUAGUGUCCACACCAACGGACGAUAACUUUCUUUUUGUUAUAACCGCGCAGUUGUCUGCAGCUUUAAGGCCCCGAUAUACUCACUGUAUUGUUCUUCGCUUAGUAAAAAGAAGUUUGAGAUACGCAAUCAGUUAUGUUCUGUUAGAGGACAUCCUGAGGCCAUGGACCAGUGGUAGUUCCAAGGUGUUUACUUUUCCAGAAAGUUUCGAGCUCCAGAAAUGAUUUUGUUCUAAAUUAUGAAGUGUAUUGGGUCCUAUAUACAUGUGAGCUUGGGUGGCAUCUGAUUGGCUUAGAAACCUUUUAGUUCAUUGUUAUAAUUAUCAUAUUUGGUGUGAACGAACCUUAAAGUCCUAAAGCAUUCUUUUUUCUCAUGGCUAGCAUUAGUGAGAACGUAUCGACGGAAAUGAGGCACUGCUUAGGCGCAGCUAAACCUGGCUUUGGCCGUCAUUAAACUGACUUAUAUUAUAAGAUGCCCUUUCCUUUUCUCAAUGGUUGCUCUUCCAGUGCUCUCUGCGCUGUUUGAAUAAUAUUGUAAUUAUCGUCAAAUUUAUUAUGGAGUGAAACACUGAUUUAUGAAAACAUGAGCUUUCCCCAGCAGUAUAAAGAAAGUUCUCAUUCAGUUAAAGGGACAGUUCACCCAAAAAUUAUAAUUCUGUCAUCAUUUACUUGCCCUUAUUUGUGGGGAAGUCGUGGCUUAGUGGUUAGAGAGUUUGAUCUUAACCCUAAGGUUGUGGGUUCGAGU